AUUCAGCUCGACAAGCCACCCAUUCGCAGCAGCGUCAUGUCUUGUUCAUCUCGAGUCUCCUCGUCCAGGGCUGGAGGCUCCAGCUCCAUCAGGGUGUCCUCUGGCGGAAGCAGCUUCAGCAGUGGAAGCAAAUGUGGUCUUGGAGGUGGCUCUUCCCGGAGCUUCCGGGGAGGAGCUAGCAGCUGUGGCCUGAGUGGGGGAUCCAGCGGCGGCUUUGGAGGCAGCUUUGGAGGGGGCUUUGGUAGCUGCUCAGUAGGGGGAGGUUUUGGAGGUGUUUCAGGCUCUGGGGCUGGUUUUGGUGGGGGCUCUGGAUUCGGUGGAGGUUCUGGGUUUGGUGGAGGUUCUGGAUUCGGGGGAAGUUCUGGAUUCGGGGGAAGUUCUGGAUUUGGCAGUGGUGCUAGUGGAGGCUUCUACAGCUAUGGCGGUGGUGUGGGAGGUGGUGUUGGUGGUGAUGGGGGGCUUUUCUCUGGAGGUGAAAAGCAAACCAUGCAGAACCUCAAUGACCGCCUGGCCAGUUACCUAGACAAGGUCAGGGCCCUGGAGGAGGCCAAUGCUGAUUUAGAGAUCAAAAUUAAAGAGUGGUAUGAGAAAUUUGGCCCUGGGUCUGGAGACGGUGGAUCUGGACGAGAUUACAGCAAAUACUACCCAAUAAUUGAAGAUCUCAAGAACCAGAUCGUGACUUGCACCAUUGAAAAUGCUGGGAUCGUUUUGCAAAUUGACAAUGCUAGACUCGCUGCUGAUGACUUCAGACUGAAGUAUGAGAACGAGCUCUAUCUCCGGCAGAGUGUAGAGGCUGACAUCAAUGGCCUGCGGAAAGUCCUGGACGACCUGACCAUGACUCGCUCUGACUUGGAGAUGCAGAUUGAGAGUCUCACAGAGGAACUGGCCUACCUGAAGAAGAACCACGAGGAGGAAAUGAAGAGCAUGCAAGGAAGCUCUGGAGGCGAUGUGACCGUGGAAAUGAAUGCUGCUCCAGGAACUGACCUGACCAAAUUGCUGAAUGACAUGAGAGCACAGUAUGAGGAGCUGGCUGAGCAGAACCGCAGGGAGGCUGAGGAGCAGUUCAACAAGCAGAGUGCAUCACUACAAGCACAGAUCUCUACGGAUGCUGGGGCAGCCAGUUCCGCCAAGAGUGAAAUAACUGAACUAAAACGUAGUCUGCAAGCCCUGGAAAUAGAGCUUCAAUCCCAGCUAGCCAUGAAAAGCUCCCUGGAAGGGACCCUGGCUGACACAGAGGCGGGCUACAUGGCUCAGCUGUCGGAAAUCCAGGUGAAGAUCAGCUGCCUGGAGGAGCAGAUCUGUCAGAUAAGGGGCGAGACCGAAUGCCAGAACGCCGAAUACGAGCAAUUGCUGGACAUCAAGACACGCCUGGAGAUGGAGAUCGAGACCUACCGCCGCCUGCUUGAUGGAGAGGGAGGUGGUUCUUCUCUCGGAGGAUCUAGAAACACAGGAUCCCAAAACAUGGGAUCCAGGAAUAUAGUAUCUGGUGAUUCAAGAUCUGGAAGCUGUUCUGGUCAAAGCAGAGAUCCCAACAAGACUAGAGUAACUAAGACCAUUGUAGAGGAGGUGGUGGAUGGCAGAGUCGUCUCAUCUCAAGUCAGCAAUGUUUCUGAGGUGAAAGUUAAAUAAGCAAUUUCCGGAUUGGCAAGUGUCUUUCAAAGAAAAAGAAUCAAGAAGGACACCAGUGAAGAAAUUGCAUCAACCUACUCAUCUUUCCGGAAAACUUCGAGGAAAAGUUGCA